AGGACUUGUCAUCUGUGUCCGGCGGCGCUGGGAGGAGCAGGGCGGCUGUGGGUGGGUCUGACGUGAGGCUACACGAGAUUCUCCUGCGCGCCGCUUUCUACUACUUUCGGCUCGCGGGUGUCUUUGCCAUGGGGCUGCCGCAGAUGUGGAGGCUCGUGUGGAGGUUUAAUUCAUUCAGAAGAACUGAUAUCAUACUGCAACAUUUGAGAAUGUCUAAGCACACGGAGGCAGCAGAAGUACUAUUGGAAAGAAAAGGUUGUGCAGGAGUGAUAACACUAAACAGACCAAAGUUCCUAAAUGCACUGAAUGUUAGUAUGAUUCGGCACAUUUAUCCACAGCUGAAGAAUUGGGAACAAGAUCCUGAAACUUUCCUGAUCAUUAUAAAAGGAGCUGGUGGAAAGGCUUUCUGUGCUGGGGGUGAUAUCAGAGCGAUCUCUGAAGCUGGAAAGGCAAACCAGAAGAUAGCUCAAGAUUUCUUUAGAGAAGAAUAUAUGCUGAACAAUGCCAUUGGUUCUUGCCAGAAACCAUAUGUUGCACUUAUUCAUGGAAUUACAAUGGGUGGGGGAGUUGGUCUCUCAGUUCAUGGGCAAUUCCGAGUGGCUACUGAAAAGUCUCUCUUUGCGAUGCCAGAAACAGCAAUAGGACUAUUCCCUGAUGUGGGUGGAGGUUAUUUCUUGCCACGACUUCGAGGAAAACUUGGUUAUUUCCUUGCAUUAACAGGAUUCAGGCUGAAAGGAAGAGAUGUGUAUGCAGCAGGAAUUGCUACACAUUUUGUAGAUUCUGAAAAGUUGGGCAUGUUAGAAGAAGAUUUGUUAGCCUUAAAAUCUCCCUCAAAAGAAAAUAUUGCAGAUGUCUUAGAUGCUUACCAUGCAAAGUCCAAGAUUGAUCAAGACAAGUCUUUUAUACUUGAGGAACACAUGGACAAAAUAAACAGUUGGUUCUCGGCCAAUACCUUGGAAAAGAUAAUUGAAAAUUUACAGCAAGAUGGUUCAUCUUUUGCCCUAGAACAGUUGAAGGUAAUUAGUAAAAUGUCUCCAACAUCCCUAAAGAUCACACUAAGGCAACUCAUAGAGGGGUCUUCAAAGACCUUGCAAGAAGUAUUAACUAUGGAAUAUCGGCUGAGUCAAGCUUGUAUGGGAGGCCAUGACUUUUAUGAAGGUGUUAGGGCAGUUUUAAUAGAUAAAGACCAGAGUCCAAAGUGGAAACCGGCUGAUUUAAAAGAAGUUACUGAUGAAGAUUUGAAUGAUUACUUUAAAUCUCUGGGAAGUAACGAUUUGAAAUUUUAAGGUGACUAGAUUUUUAAGGGAUUAUUUUGGAGCAAGUGUCAGCAAACCAAAGUACAUGGGCCAGAUCCGGCCUGCUGCCUGUUGUUCAGUUUUCCACAAGCUAAGAAUGGUUUCUGUAUUUUUAAAUGGCUGAGGGGGGGGGGGGGAAAAAUCAAAGACUAAUAUGUCAUGACGUGUGAAAAUUACAUGAAAUUCAAAUAUCAGUGUUCAUAAAUAAAGCUUUAUUGGAACAUCACUGUA